CAGCACCCAAGCUGAGUGCCAGACGCACUCACUCCCUGGCCAGCUCAGCAGCCUCCGUCCGGCUCCUCGGCCCACACUGAGCUCACCUGCCUCUCUCCUUUGCGCCCCCGUGUCGACGCAUUUCCGGCCUCAGCUCCUCUCGGUUGCGGCGCGGCACCAUGGUGACGCUUCAGCUGAACCCCCGCUCUCUGAUCUCCCCGCUGGGGAUUGUCCGGUUGUUUGAAAUCUUCCUCUCCUGCACGGCCUUCAGCCUGGUUGCCGUCCACCACAGCUACGGCGGCUCUUACGGUGCCUGGUCCAUGUUCACGUGGUGCUUCUGCUUUAUCGUCUCCAUCUUCGUGGUGGUUGUAGAGUUUGUGAGCUUGACCCACUCGCUGCCCCUCUCCUGGGAGGACUUCACCUCCGCCUUCUCCAUGCUGGCUGCGCUCAUGAUCUUCACCACCUCCAUCGUCUACCCGUCCGUGUUCAUACCGAGCUACUGCAGCAGGAGCGAUUGCAGUUACGAGGGUGCGGCCACCGCCAUGUCCUGCCUGUGCUUCAUCGCCUACGCGGUCGAAGUGGGACUGACCCGGGCCAAAGUCGGAGAAGUCAGCAGCUUCCUGGCCACCGUUCCUGGCCUCAUGAAGGUGUUUGAAGCCUACGUGGCCUGUCUCAUCUUCUCCUUGGUGGGCAACGAUUUGCACUAUAAGGCUUUUGCUGGCCUGCAGUGGUGCCUGGCUGUCUACUGCAUCUGCUUUAUUGCCACGCUUCUCAUUGUCAUCCUCACCAUCGGACGUUGCUUUGCCUCCCUGCCCUGCCCUGCCGAGAAGGUCCUGGUGGGCUUCAACAUCUUGGCUGUACUCAUGUACCUAACGGCAGCCAUUAUAUGGCCCAUCUAUAGCUUCAAGAACUUUGCAAGGCCUUCUCCGUGUCAUUCAAACAAUUCCACGUGUGUCAUCUGGAACAGCCGGCUGGGAGUCUCCUUCCUGACUUUCUUCAAUCUCAUCGCCUACAUCGUUGACCUUGUGUAUUCCUCGAAAAUGGUUUUUCUGACCGUUCCGGCUUAGUUUGCCCACCUGGCUGGGACUGCUUCUGUUUGGGGUACCGCUUAUUAUAUAACCAGAAUGCAAGGACCAAAAUAUUGUAUGUCCAGCAUGCCACG